UGGUCAAGCAGGAUGAAGUACCUUGCAGUACUCUUCACCAUUGUUGCUUUCUCCGAAUGUCUCGUUAAGAUUCCCUUGCAGAGAGGGACAAAUGUAAGAGACACUCUCAAGGAGAAAAAUCUGCUGGAAAAUCUUCUUCAGAAACACCGUUAUGACACUGGUACAAAAUACAACUCAGAUAUUUCUAAUGCUGCCCAGGUGGCUGAAGAACCACUUCUGAACUCUUUUGAGACCGAAUACUAUGGAACAAUCUACAUUGGAACCCCACCACAGAAGUUCACUGUUGUGUUUGACACUGGAUCAUCUACUCUCUGGGUACCCUCUGUCUAUUGCAGUAGUCCAGCAUGCCAAAGACACCAUAGAUUUGACCCACGCAAGUCUUCUACCUUCCAUGGAACAGGAAAGCCAUUCUCCAUUAAGUAUGGGAAAGGAAGCAUGGAAGGGAUCUUCGGACUUGAUACAGUCAAGAUAUCUGAUCUUACCAUUUCCGAUUUGGAAUUCGGCUUGAGUACCAGUGAGUCAGAAGACCCAUUUUCCAGAACUAAAUAUGAUGGGAUCCUCGGCUUAAACCCUUGGAAAAAAAGUUCAUUCUUUGAUAACCUGAUGAAGAAAGGCUUGCUUGAGAAAGACGAAUUUUCUGUUUAUCUCAGCGGAAAAACAGAUGGGAGCAUGAUCAUUUUUGGUGGAAUUGAUCAAUCUUAUUUCACUGGUCCUAUUAACUGGAUUCCUGCCACAUAUAAGAAAUUUAAGAUUGCAGUGGACAGCAUUCUAGUGUAUGGUCAGGCAGUUGCCUGCAGAGAUGGCUGUGAAGCACUUCUUGACACGGGGACAUCCUUCUUACUCGGCCCAGCAUCUGAAAUUAGCCAAAUCCAACAAGCCAUUGGAGUUACAACACAUUCCUUCAACUGCAGAAACCUCCACAAUAUGCCAGAUGUUGUUUAUGUAAUCAACGGAAUUCAAUAUCCUUUGACUCCACAAGCCUAUACUCAUAAGGAUAACGACCAUUGCAAGAGUGGCUUUAGCUCUGGCAGCAAAGAUUAUGAUCACUUGAUACUAGGAGAUAUGUUCCUCAGAGAAUACUACAGUAUUUUUGACCGGGAGAAUGACCAAGUUGGACUGGCAAAGGCGGUGUAAAAAAAAAUUCUGCAUUUAAACUAUGC